AUGUAUGCCAUUCAGAUCGGUGCUGGAGUGCUGCCCCCGGUGCUUGUUGGUAUCGUUGCAUACGUCAUCUAUGUCGUUGUUGUAGUACUUUGUGUCCAUGUAUGGAUCUCCCCACUGCCUGAUCAACCUCAGAGAUUAGGCUAUGCCGCCGUGGUCCUGAUUUUCUUCUUUCUGUUCCUUAUCUCUAUGGCAAUAUCAUUCUUCAACGCCAUUUAUCAUGCCUAUCUCGACCCUGGAGUUCUAUCUACCAGCGACGCCCGCGAUCCAGAGCAGCAGACGACGACUCCAAUCGAACGGAUCCAUGGUCUGCCGAGGAAAGUCCACGCAGCGCCUACCCUAGAAUCAUUCCAUGAACAAGCGUUCUACGAGUGUGAUGAGGGCGGCAAACCAUUAUGGUGUCAGCACUGCAAACACUGGAAGCCGAAUCGUUCACAUCAUUCUAGAAUGCUGGACAGAUGCAUACUCAAGUUUGAUCACUAUUGUCCUUGGGUAGGCGGGUACACGACGGCGACAAACUUCAAGACCUUCCUUUUGUUCUCGGUCUCUGCAGCAAUGUUCUCUCUUGUCACCCUCAUCUCUAUCACCAUUCCUUGGAACCAUGGCUCUUUUGACGGGCAUGAUGUAACCGGACACUUGGGCGUCACCGUAGGCUUUGCAGUUUUCUUUCUAUGCUUGGCAGGAGGGACAGGUUUGAGCGCUAUACUCCUAGCCUCUGCAAAUCUGACCACCCUUGACAAUGCGGUUGGAAAGAAGAAGAUCUGGAGACUAGCUGUAAGGAUUGACAAGGGAAUCAUGGCAGAGGAGAAAGCGAUCACUGCUGCAUUCUCAGGCGUCUCUACCUUUGCCACCAAAACACACACGUUUGCUAUAGUGGAGACGUUGCCAGGUGCAAACCCUUACGACGUGGGAAUCAUGCAGAAUUGGAAACAGAUCAUGGGGUCAAAGUGGUGGCAAUGGGUUUUACCUUUCAACUUACAGAAGGAUGACGGACAGAGUAGGAUGGCAGAAAUUACCCCUGCCGUUGCUGCUGCGCUCGAGGAGUCAGGCUUGGAUGCUAUGGAUAAAACCAUGAAGGAAAGGUGGAAGAAGAUGCAAGUGCGACAGAAGGGAUUCUUGCAAUUAUUGGCUGCAGCUGGCGCACCACUAAAGACUUUUGCUACUUGGAAACAGGCGAGGAAAGAAGGACUCUGA